ACUUGGAGAGGAGCUGCUUCCAUCAGCAGCCAGCCGGACGUCUCCGGCAAAACCUCCUGCCACAGGCUGCAUGCCUCAGCCUGCAGUCAGCUUUCGCACGGCUUUCACUGGAGUCCGGGGCAUCUCGGUGUGAGGAACGUUGUGUUCCUUCCUCUCCGUUAAAAGGACUGAGCAGCACCGGAGGAAGGGCUGUGACGGAUGCCCCAGUUUGUUGACGAGCUGUGAACGGACCGGAGGGGUGUUGGUGAAGAGAUGGCUGUGGUCGCCUCUGUAAAUGAAACUAUGAACCUAUCGAGCUGGCUUCUUGCCCUGCACAGUAACUCUUCCCUGGAGCUGCAGUCAGAAGCGCCGCGGCUGGCUGUCGAUCCCUGGGACGUGAUGUUGUGUAUAUCGGGGACUGCCAUCGCCUGUGAAAAUGCUCUGGUCGUGGCCAUUCUGUUCUACACUCCGGCUUUACGAACGCCUAUGUUUUUGUUGAUCGGCAGCCUGGCGACAGCGGACUUCCUGGCCGGACUUGGGCUCAUCCUGAAUUUCUUUUUCCAUUACCUGAUCCACUCGGAAACAAUUAACCUCAUCACCGUGGGUUUUUUAGUUGGCUCCUUCUCCGCUUCGGUGAACAGUCUGUUAGCCAUAACGAUCGACCGGUACCUUUCGUUGUAUAACGCAUUGACUUACUAUUCGGAAAGGACGGUAGCCUACACCCACAGCAUGCUGGCCGUGGCCUGGGGCGUUUCAUUUUGUCUCGGGCUGCUUCCUGUGCUGGGAUGGAACUGCCUAAAGGACGCAUCUACCUGCAGCAUCGUGAAGCCCCUGACUAGGAGCAAUUUGACCCUGCUGUCAGUUUCCUUCUUUCUAAUCUUUCUCGUUAUGUUACACCUUUACAUUAAAAUAUGCAAAAUUGUGUGCCGCCAUGCCCAGCAGAUAGCCCUGCAGCAACACUUCUUCGCGACCUCUUACUAUGUGACCACAAAGAAAAGCGUCUCCACUCUCGCUAUCAUCGUAGGCACCUUCGGGACAAGUUGGCUGCCUUUUGCCAUCUACUGCUUGGUCGGGGACCAUGCCUACCCGACUGUGUACACCUAUGCCACUCUCCUCCCUGCUACUUACAACUCCAUGAUAAACCCCAUCAUUUAUGCUUUCAAGAAUCAGGAGAUCCAGAAAGCUACCUGGGUUUUAUUUUGUGGGUGUUUCCAGUCCAAUUCCUCCCUGCAUUCAAGGUCACCGAGUGAUGUGUAGGCAUCCAGCGUCCCCUAAUCCACCCCCCACCCACCCCGCCACCUCCAUGCUAUAUAUAUUUAACGUGUAUGUAGCAUAUAUGGGGACAUACCUGGAGGAAAGGGCUUGGCGCAUUGACACUGGGGCAUAGUUUGAUUUCCCAGUUUAUAUACCUGAAGAUGGGUCUCCUCACCCCCGAUUUACACACACACACACGCGCGCACCACUAAAGAUCGGUCGGUUCGUUUGGUUUUAGAUGUAAGAUUCCCAAUUCCGAAUGCCAUUUUAGUCUACGCUGAAAGGGUUUCUUGAAAAUUAACGCCCACCC